UGCGAUUUUACAAAUGUUUUAAAAACCAGAUCAUUCGAUUCAACCGAUUAUCUGAUUGAACCAAAACAUGUAACUCUUACCAUUCGAUCUCCGGUUUGGUUUUUAAAACAUUAGAUUGUACACCAAAUCCCUAUUCUCUCACAUUGAGAUCUCUACUUCAACUGUCUAUCCACAAGACACAAAUAUCAGUUAGCAUGUUUUAAUCAAUGUGUCUGUCAGUUACCAAAAAUAAGGAAAGCUGUCGUUUCCCUCUUCACCUUCAAUGUGCAAAAAAAGUAACCAAACCAAUCUCAAGAACAAACCAAAACCUUGUUACACCGACAAAAACAUAGUAAACUCAACAACAACAACAAACAACAACAUUAACUAAAUCAAAUCUCAAAAAGCAUCACAAAAUCCAAUGAAACGAAACCACAGUUCCCACCACCACCAAAACCACCACAACAACCACCAUAACCCACCAAGAAAAUGGCUUAUAAUCCCAACCUUAACAAUCUCGCUCCUUCUCUUCUUCUUCUUCAUCAUUCUUCUCCCUUAUUCAAAACCAUCUUCUUCAUCUCUUUCUUCAGAUAAUCCAAGUUUCACAGCUCAUUUGAAUCUUCCAAAACUACCAAAAUUUGCAUACUUGUUAACAGGAACAAAAGGUGAAGUUUCACAGCUCAAAAGGGUUCUUCAAGCAAUAUAUCAUCCAAGAAACUAUUACCUUCUUCAUCUUGAUCUUGAAGCUUCUAGUGAAGAGAGGGUUGAGCUUGCAAAGUAUGUGAAAUCUGAGAAGGUGUUUGGUGUUUUUGGGAAUGUUAUGGUUGUUGGUAAAGGUGAUUUGGUUACUUAUAAGGGUCCUACUAUGAUUGCUUCAACGCUUCAUUCUGUUGCUUUGUUUCUUAAAAGGGUUGGUGAUUGGGAUUGGUUUGUUAAUCUUAGUGCUUCUGAUUACCCUCUCUUCUCACAAGAUGAUCUCUUACAUAUAUUUUCAUUCAUGCCUAGGGAUAUCAACUUCAUUGAGCAUACAAGUAAUAUGGGUUGGAAAGAGUUUCAAAGAGCCAGACCUAUCAUUAUAGAUCCAGGCUUGUAUCAUUCAAGGGUAUCUAGUGUUUACUACGCUAAAGAGAGAAGAUCUCUCCCAUCUUCAUUCAAGUUAUUCACAGGCUCUGAAUGGGCUGUCCUUACAAAACCAUUUCUGGAGUUCUGUGUAUAUGGUUGGGACAACCUUCCUCGCACUCUCCUUAUGUACUACACGAACUUCCUUUCGUCGAACGAAGGCUACUUCCAGACUGUCCUCUGCAAUCACAAGGACUAUCAAAACACAACUGUAAACAACGAUUUGCGUUACUUAAGGUGGGACAACCCACCAAAACAACAGCCUUUAUCUUUGAAACUGGAACAUUUCGAAGACAUGGCGCAUAGCGGCGCACCUUUUGCUCGUAGAUUCGACAAGGACGAUCCUAUUCUUGAUAAAAUCGACAGGGAACUGUUGGGAAGAUCGGAUGGUCGCUUUACUCCUGGUGGUUGGUGUCUUGGUAAUCAUCUCAAGGGAAAAGAUCCUUGUGAUGUUUAUGGAAAUCCAGAUGUUGUUAAUCCUAGUGUAAGGUCUAAGAUACUAGAAAAAUUGAUGUUGAUACUAUUGGAUUCUGAAAAUUUCAGACCAAAACAGUGUAAAUAGUCUUUUUGUGGCACUUUUUGCAUCUGUUCAAAUUUAACAUUAUGAACAGUUGUUAUUUCUUGUAACAUUAUAUCUUCUUUUUUUAUUAA